AAGGGAUUGGAGAGAUUUCACCGGCCGCCGAGGCAAGAGAGCGCCGAGCUGGGGCGCUGCGCUCUUCCUGUCUCCCGAUCGGCGGGAAGGGAAGGAGGGAGCUGGAGCCGGGAGCGCCCCGGGAAGAAAUCCUCGACGGAGGCGGGCUAUGGAGGGCGCAGCCUCCGUCUCCUCCGGCCGGGAGUAGCCGCCGAGCCGGCAUGGCCCUGGCCGGCUCUUCGCCGGAGCUGCGCCUGCCGCUGACUCGGAUCUCCGAGGCGGAGAUGGAGCUCUACUACCGGCUCCUGCGAACCGCAGUCAGGGCCGAGUCCUUGGCCGCCGCCGAGUCAUCUCUUCCAACACGUGCAAAGGACAUUGCUGAGGACUUGAAGAAAGAAUUUGCAUUUCUUUCUGGUGGAAGAGGGAAAGACAACGGCUGGAUCAUAACAUUUCCUGAAAAUUCCAAUUUCAACCAAAUGCCCGAAGAGGUUGUAACAAAAGUUUUGAGCUACUUAACUCGGAUCCCAAGCCAACGUGAAUUGGACACCAAAUUUAUCCUAAUCCUGGACAGAAGGUUGGAUACAUGGACGUCAGUCAAAAUGACUCUGCAAAGAAUAGCAGCCUCAUUUCCUGGCAACUUGCACCUAGUGAUGGUCUUGCGCCCCACCGGAUUCUUCCAGCGCACUUUCACCGACAUCGGAUUUCGGUUUAGCCAAGAGGACUUCCUGCUCAAACUGCCGGUUGUCAUGCUGAGUUCGGUCAGUGACUUGCUGACAUACAUCGAUGAAAAGCAGUUGACACCUGAAUUUGGGGGCACCUUGGAGUAUUGCCAUAGCGAAUGGGUCAUCUUCAGAACAGCCAUAGAAAGCUUUGCACUAACAGUGAAGGAAAUUGCCCAGAUGUUGCAAUCCUUUGGCAUGGAGCUGGCAGAAACAGAGCUCCCAGAUGAUGCCUACUCAAUUGAACGCAUCCUGGCACUGCGCACAGAGAAAUACUAUCAGCUGAAGGAAGAUAUUACGACGGUGACCAAAGAAGGAAACAUGCUGCUGUGUAGUUUAGAGGAACCUGACAUGGAUGAACCUGACAAAGAGGAACCACAGGAGAGAUCUGGUGACUGGGAGACUGUCAACCGGUUGCUUGCACAGUUGCAUGAAAUGGAAACAGCUUUUGAUGGAUUCUGGGAGAAACAUCAGCUGAAGAUGGAGCAGUAUUUGCAGCUUUGGAAAUUCGAGCAACAUUUCCAAGAGCUCAGUAAAGCCAUUGAAUUUUUAAUGGAGAAGCAAGGGGAGCUGCCGGAUACUGGAGAUAAUCUCUCUCAAGUAAAACAGAGGGUGUUGGAUCUGGAAAACUUGAACAAAAUGGCACAGGAGUUGACAGGGAAGGCUCAAGUUGUGAUCCUUCAUGGGCACCAGCUGGCAACCAACCACCACUACGCCCUCAACUUGAUCUGCCAGCAGUGUAAUGAGCUGCGGCACCAUUCGGAUAUCCUGCUGGAGGAGAUCAAAAGGAAGCACAACCAGCUCCAAAGAACCUUGGACCUUCUCACUUCUCUGCAGCAGGCCCUGGAGUGCUGCGAUGAAGGAGCCUACCUUCUAGCCAACCAGCAGAUGGAUAAAUGCCAGUCUCGAGAAGGUGCCCAGAAAGCUCUCCAAGACAUAGAGAAGUUCCUUGAGAGUUCUUCACUGCAUUUAUAUGCUGACCCACAAACCCUGUACUCUGACUUUGAGCCCAUCUUAACUCCUGAACUAAAGGCUCGGAUACAAAUGGUCCAGAUGAAGCUUGAGAAUGUGCGGAGCAUGUUCGAGAACAGGCAGGCUUGCUUCAAAAAGCUAGCGGACAAACAAGCACGCCCUGUGCAGCUGGUAGCCCCACGGCCAGAAAACCCACCCCGGUCGAAAUCUCCUUUGUUUUCCCCCAAACAUGGUGUAGAUUUUAAUUCCAGUUUGAAAUUUUCAUUUGAUAUCUCACUGCCUGGGAAGAAGACUUCAAGGAAAUCUCAAAGUUCCCGCAAGAUUGAAGUGAUGCACGAUUAUCAGGAGAAAAGGAAUUCGCUGCAGUUCUGCAUAUCAGAAAGUGAAGACAGUUUAGACAUAUUGAAAAGCUAUGUGAUAAACGAGCUUAUAGAAACUGAGCGGGUUUAUGUUGAGGAGUUGUUCACCAUUUUGAUGGGCUACAGAGCUGAGAUGGACAACCCCACCAUGGCCUUUCUCUUGCCACCCCCCUUGCAAAACCGCAAAGAUGUUCUGUUUGGAAACAUGCCAGAGAUUUACGACUUUCACAACAAGAUUUUCCUCCACCACCUGGAGAGCUGCGUGGAAGCCCCAGAGAAAGUUGGCUAUUGCUUCUUGGAAAGGCGGGAAGAUUUUCAGAUGUAUGAGAAAUACUGUCAGAAUAAGCCGCGAUCUGAAUACCUGUGGAGGCAGUGCGCAGAAAGCCUCUUCUUCCAGGAAUGCCAAAGGAAAUUGGAGCAUAAGCUUGCAUUGGAUUCCUAUCUGCUCAAACCUGUGCAACGGUUAACAAAAUACCAGCUGCUCCUGAAGGAGCUGCUGAAAUACAGCACAAGUUGUGAAGGCAUCCAGGAGCUCCAAGAGGCACUGGUCGCCAUGUUGGAUUUGCUGAAGUCGGUCAACGACUCCAUGCAUCAGAUUUCGAUAACUGGCUAUGAUGGAGACAUCGGUGAGCUGGGCAAAGUGUUGAUGCAAGGAUCUUUCAGUGUAUGGACGGGGCACAGGAAAGGUCCCACAAAAAUGAAGGACCUGGCCAGAUUCAAGCCAAUGCAAAGGCACCUCUUCCUCUAUGAGAAAGCCCUGGUCUUCUGCAAGAAGAGAGAGGACCACGGCGACAGCCAUGACAAAAGCUCCUCGUACAGUUUUAAGCACUUUUUGAAGAUGAGCGCUGUCGGGAUCACUGAAAAUGUGAAAGGAGACCAUCGGAAGUUUGAGAUCUGGUAUAGCGGUCGGGAAGAGGUCUAUGUUGUUCAGGCACAAACGGUUGAGCUGAAGAUGGCAUGGCUAAAUGAAAUAAGAAAGGUUUUGUUCAAGCAGCAGGAACUCAUCAAAGUUGAGAAGCAACAACCUCCUUCAUGUACAGACCAGAUCCAACUCUCCCCUCCUCUGAGUGAUGGAAAACAACCAAGAGCCUCCAUAAGCUCAGAGGAAAACGAUUCUGAACGUACCAGCCCCGUGGCCUUGGAGAGCAUGGCUUCCUCGCCGCAGAACAAGCCAAGCAGGCGUAUGUGCAGCUUGAUAGCAUCUUCUUCAUUCUUUGGCCCAACUUGGCCAGGAAUGUCUCAUUCUUUGGAAAUCUGCGAAGGACUUGAUGAUUGGUCCAGCCAUAACUACUUCUUGACGUGUUCUGACACGGAAGAAGAAGAUGGGAACCAGUUGUCCCCAGGAAAAUAUAAAGCGCUGGCAGACUGCAAGAUGAGUGAUUCAGAAGACUUGCUAGUGAAAAAUGGGGAUGUGAUUCAACUAUUGCACGAAGAUGGAGAAGGACAAUGGCUGGUCAAAAACCUCAACCGAAGAAAAGAAGGUUGGGUGCCCAUCAAUAGUUUGCAAAUCAUUCUUGGGGACUGUCGUCUUCGCCAUGCCCGAGAUGCAGACGCUGCCGUGUAUAAGACAAGAAAGCUAAGCUCCCCCUGAAUUUAAAGGGAGAACUCAUAUCAUGUCAUGUUUGAAUGCUGCAGUGGCGAUUUGAAGUGGUUGUUCAAGAGGGAGGACUUACCCAUGGCUGGAGAUCCACCUCUCUAUCUGUCAUCCAUCAACAUUUGCAGCACAUCACAGCUCCAUCAACAUUCCCCAUGGCCAUUAGUAGAAGUCAUUUUUGGUUUUGGUUUUUUGGCAUAUUUAAUUCCCACCUCCUUCCACCAAUGGAAAAUAGGGUACCAUUUUGCUUUCACAUGAAGUGGACUUUCCCCGUCCUCUCCAUGGCACCCAUUGAACUACAUUUAAUAACUAAUUGGGUGGUUUCUUUUGCCUUUAUUAAGAUGCCUGAUGCUUCCUCUUGAAGAUGUGUUUCCCAACCACACGUCACUGCGGUUGGCUGCACUUCCCUAUGUUCAGUUGGGUCUAGACCAGAUAGUCACAAUAAGCUGUUUUCUAGUUCAUUGGUUGCUGCACCUCUGGAACAGGCAUGAAUAUAUCUCAACAACAUAUGACCAUCUUUCAGGCUGGAUGAUGCAAUACUGCUGCGAAGGAGUGGAGCCUCCUUUUGCACUAAGGGUCUGAUCCAGAGCCCAGGGUAUCUGUAGGAUGUGGUUCAAGAUCAUAUUUGACAACUCAAGAUUGUCAAAACUGGGUUCCCUGGAGUUCCUGGGUGAUAUAGUAAGUGUCCAAGUUUACAUUGUGAUUUUUUGGGGAACACACGUGCCAUAACUGAGUUCAGUGUCCCUGUUUGCACUAAAAAAGCAAUGUUCUUCUUUGUGCUAAGACUGUACUCUUCAGCAUUGUUAUUGAGAAUGACAUGAUGCUGGAAUGGAGGAGAGAGAGUAUGUCUCCUCUCUUUCAUUUUUUCUUUUUUAAAAUGAAGUUUACAUAAUUUAUUUCCUGUUGUGCUUCUUUGUUUUAUCUCUGCCCUUAGCAUUCAUGUGUCCAUACAGGUAGUUCUACGUAAUGUGUGUAAUUCAAAUUUCAUAUGGGAACAAUAAACACAGGGUAGGUGUUGUGACCUCACUACUCACAACAGCUCAAGACAGGCAUUUAGUUGCAUGCCUGCAAACGAAAACUGCUACAGUCUCAGUAAGCUGCAGUUAUUAUUAUUAUUUUUCUUAUGCACCACAACGUGAAGUGGAGAAACACAUUUUUUAAAAUAUCAGACUUGGGUUUCUGAACCACAGAUUCCAAGCUUGUACUGUCCAGUGCAUUAGCACACAUUUCAUCAGCCUAAUCAUGCAGCGUUUCUUAAACUUGGGUCCCCAGCCAUUGUUGGAUUACAACUCCCAUCAUCCCUGAUUACUCAUCCUGCUAGCUAGGAAUGAUGGGUGUUGUAGUCCAACAACAGCUGGGGACAUAAGUUCGAAAAACACUGAUAAUGUGUGUAUUGAGGGCGACGGUGGUUUUCCUCCUCCAACCAUCCAUUUCAUAGUCACCUCUAAUGCUAAUACUUACUGUGUGAUAUCUUAGGUGGUGGAUUCUCCUUCACUGGAGUUUUUUAAACAGAGGUUAGAUGCCCAUCUUUCAGGGAUUCUUU